GAUUUGAAAUCGUUACUUCGGGACUGAUGUUGAAACUGGAGCUAGAGUUAGUUCCCCUGUCAGUUAAUUGUUCAGCCUUCCCAAUUGACAGCUGACGUUUCAUUCACACCUGUUAUUAUUUGACAUGUCUCAUUGUAUUUAAGGGAAUCGAAUGAAAUUUAGAUUAAAUGUGUAAUGUAAUAGGUACAACACAAAGCGUAUUAUGAUGUGCUCUACACUGGCUCUGUAUCAAUAUAGCAUCGGAUGACAUUGACAGAAGAGAAUUCUGAACUUUAGAUGUAUUGUCACUUUCAACAUUUCAAUGUUAAGAGGAAAUAUUCUACAGAACAGAUACAACCCUCUUUAUAUAAAUCUAUGGUGAAUUGUUGUGAAAUAUUUUCUCUCAGCUGAGAUUAACAGGGAAAUUCUCCUUAUGAAACUGUCUUCAAUGUAUAUGACAUUUAUUUGUGUUGAAAUAAAUUUGCAAAGUAGAUGAGAACAUCUUUAGGCACCAACAAAGAUUAAAUUUACUGGAAAUAAGCAGCAGAGUUAUUUGUUAUAUUUAAACUUGAGGUACAAACAAGAAAAAUAACCAUACAUUGUGGCAAUAGAAAAAUAACAGAAAAAGGAACUAUUUAACAAGCUUGAAGUGAAUUAUAUUCUGCAGAAGAAGUUCUGAAAGAGAUAAGAAUAUUGUUGUCUGACCAUACAACCUGCAAAUUGUCACUCUGUCAAAAAACAUUACAUCUCGACUUGCAGAUGCAGUUGUACAGAAAGGAGACCAAACAACUUUGGUGUUUGUAGUACAUCAUUCUCUGAGUAACGUAACUUGACUAUGCCUAAAUAUAUUCAUAAAGCAGAGAAACCUUUUCGCUGUGAUAUAUGUGGUAAAACUUUUGCACAUGCUGGAAACUUCGCUAUUCACAGUCGGACUCAUACAGGGGAGAAACCAUUUCACUGCGAUAUCUGUGGUAAAUCCUUUAUUCAUACAGGACAGUUGAAUUUUCACAAACGGAUUCAUACAGGAGAAAAGCCCUUUCGCUGUGAUAUCUGUGGUAAAUCAUUUAUUCAUACAGGUCAGUUGAAUAUUCACAAACGUAUUCAUACUGGCAAGAAGCCAUUUCGCUGUGAUAUCUGUGGUAAAUCAUUUCCUUAUGGAAAUAGCUUAACUAUUCACAAACGGACUCACACCGGAGAGAAGCCAUACCAUUGUGAUUUAUGUGGUAAAUCAUUUUCUCAUGCAAGUAGCUUAACUUUACACAAACAGGUUCAUACAGGAGAGAAGCCAUUUUGCUGUGAUAUUUGUGAUAAAUCAUUCUCCUGUAAAGGUGUGUUAACUGCCCACAAACAGUCUCAUACAGGAGAAAAGCCAUUUAGCUGUGAUAUCUGUCAUAAAACAUUUUCCCGUAAAGGUGUGUUAACUGCCCACAAACGGAUUCAUAGAGGAGAAAGAUCAUAUUGUGAUAUCUGUGGAAAAUCAUUCUCUCAUCCAUACAGCGUAAUUCUUCACAAACGGAUUCAUACCAAAGAGAGGCCAUACCGCUGUGAUAUUUGUGGUAAAUCAUUUACCCGUGGAGAUACCUUAACUGUUCACAAACAGGUUCAUACCGGAAAGAAGCAGCAGUGUGAUAUCUGUAAUAAAUCGUUAUCUGUAAGUGGUAACUUAACCGAACACAAAUAUACUCAUGAAAAGGAGAAACAAGAUGAUUGCAACAUCAAAUGUAUUCAUGAAAGAGGGAAACCAUACUGCUGUGAUAUAUGUGGUAAAUCAUUCUCUCAGAAUGGUGGCUUGACUGUUCACAAACGUAUUCAUACAGGAGAAAAGCAAUAUCGCUGUGAUAUCUGUGGUAAGUUAUUACCUCACAAAAGUGCCCUAACUGCACACAAACGCAUUCAUACAGGAGAAAAACCAUAUCGCUGCGAUAUAUGUGGUAAAUCCUUCUCUCAGAGAGGGGACUUAAAUAAACACAAAUAUAUUCAUACUGGAGAGAAACUAUUUUGCUGUGCUGUCUGUGGUAAGUCAUUUUCGCAAAGUAGUAACUUAAGCACACAUAAACGGAUUCAUACACGAGAGAAGUGAUAUCUGUGGCAUAUUCUCUUCAAAUCAUUAUUUUGCUGAGCAUAACUGCAUCGACCCAUGAGAAAAACCAUUUCACUGUGAUAUCUGGUAAAUCAUUCUCUCAGAUGAGACUUAGAUAAACAAAUUUAUUCAUAGAAGAGAAAAGCCUAAUAUCUGAUAUUUGUGGUUAAUUAUUCUCUCCUAAUAAAAAUGGGUUUUUACUAUACAGGUGUUUAUCCAUACAGAAGAAUAAAAACUGUAUUGUCCAAAGUCUGCAAUAACAAUCUUCAAAUAUUUAAUAUUUUAUUAAAAAGUGAUGAAUUGACUCAGUAAUUUCAGUGUGAGACGAAAUAUCUUCUUGUGGCACUUAUUCCAGAUUCUUGCAUUCAUCAUCUUCAUUAUUAUUUCACUUAAAUUUCCAUGUUUGCAAGAGUCAGACAAAAUUUAAUGGAGCAAAUUUUCUGCAGCCGAAUGUUAAAGAAACCGACUUCUCCGUUCUUGUAAGUUUGUGAAUUUCUGCUACUCAAUAACUUUGCUUCCAACUUUCCCUAACCUCUUCAUGCCUUAUAAGGACCAACUCCAAUGUAUGGAAAUGAAAAAAAGGGUUUCUCAUUUCCACAAAGACAAUCGUUCUGAUCCCAAUCACUUGCAUCAUCUCAAUAAAUGACAGAAACAAUUAGAAACAAGUAUCUCAUUCAUGAACCAUUUUCAUCUAUUUCUUUUUUCUCUGACUGUCACUACUAUGGUUCCUGUAGAGCCAAACGUAGAAGAGACUGGCUCUUGUAUGCUGUUCAUCUAUGGUCUGCUGCAUUUGUCAAAUUUAGCUUUAGCGUAUCUUGGUUAGGACAUUGAGUUUUAUAAACCCCAUAUGAAGCCAUGUAACACAUUGAAUUUAGAUUUGAUUAAUUAAUUAAUUACACCUUUCUUUCCUCCCAUAGUCAAUUAUGUUUAAUUAUACAGCUUGAGAUCUAUGUAAAAAUGAUCAGUGAGUUGUAUAAUGGAAAUAAAACCAAUUUGAAGCAAUUGCAAA